CUUAUCAGUACCGGAAGUGAAGCGUUAAGUGGGUGAGAAACUCAAGCGCCGGAAAGUGACUUUAUUCUGUUAUUAGCGACAUUUGAAUGUGAGAGUAUUUCACUUAUCUCGCCUGUAGACGCUGCCACUGACACGCGGUCAUUUUAUGAAAGUAUGAAAACAUCGCAAUUGUAACGACGAUGGAAUCAACGUGCGAGUAUUUCAUGUAUUUCCCCGCCGCUCCAAUAUCAAGUCUCUCGGACCCGGCGAAGUACACGAGUCUUCCGCAGCGAAAGCACGUCUACCUCGGGGAGACCGUCCAGUUCCUGCUCGUGCUGAGGUUCCAGGACGCUUCGGACAAGCGCGACAGCUGCGGGGCGGUUCACUGGAAGGAGCAGGUGGGUACUCUAUCAGCGCUGGCGAGUGUGUGUGUCGCUGAGAGCCGCCAGCAGAGAGCCGCUGAGUGUCCGCCAGACCUCCAGAGCUGCAACAGCAGCUGUGAUGGGGGCAGCGAGUCUGUAACCACCAACCGGACAUUCACUCAGUGCGACCCGCUUCUCAUUCAGAAUAGCUCGGCCUUUAAGGGACGGCAGGACGGGACGGAACCAGUGAAGUCUGCCUCAGUGUCUGAUGACCAGGUUAUCUUUUGUCUCACCGUCUCUUUGGACAAGCUGCCAGUCAACACACUCAAAGCCAAGGUCAUAGUUACUGUGUGGACACAGGAGGAAGAGAAGGUGGAGGUGAGCGAACAUGGCUACCUGACUCUUCUGCAGCUCAGGAGACCAACACACACCUUCAGACAGGACCUCAUGACCUUCAAAGCUCAGGUCAACAGCACCCUGAAUGUUCUUCCACCUCCCAGUGUCCACUGUCAGCAGCUGACUGUCUCUGGAAAACACUUGACUCUUCUCAAAGUGGUGAACUGCAGCUCUCACGAGGUGGUGUGUGUCAGAGAUGUGAGAAUCCUUCCUAACUAUAACUCGUCCUACCUCCCCAUGAUGCCAGAUGGUUCAGUGCUUAUCGUAGACAAUGUCUGCCAUCAGUCCGCUGAGGUCACCAUGGCUUCAUUCUACCGGAUAGACAACAAAUCAUCGCGUUUACCCAGCAUGCUCAGUGCCCUGGAGGAGCAGAACUUCUUGUUCCAACUGCAGCUACAAGACAAAGAAGAGGAGGACUCCAGUGAGGGUUUGGAAGUCCCAUUGGUGGCAGUGUUGCAGUGGUACGCACCAGCACAUCCUCUCACAAGGUAUAUUUCUAGCUGCUAUUCGUUGCCCACUAUCCGCUUGGAUCGUCCUCAGCUGGUGAUGACAGCCUCCUGUGCCAGUGCCAUCAGACCCCUGCAACACUUGUGGGUUAAAUACACUCUGCUGAACAACUUACAGGACUUUAUUGGAGUCCGUCUGAUCUGGAAUUCUGAAGCUCAGAGUCGCAGGUAUCAGCAUGACUCCAGGUUGGCAGCAGUGGUGUGUCAGACUCCCCUUAACAACUUGGGACAGUGUAGGAAAGGCUCCACUCUGUCCUUUACAGUGGCCUUCCAGAUCCUCACUACUGGAGUCUUUGAGCUAUGCCAGCACAUGAAACUGAAGCUGCAGUUCACAGCCUCCAUGUCUUCACCUCCCCCUUCAUCACCUCUGAGGAAGUCUCCGUCAUCCAGCCCUGCCGCCAGAGAGCUGCUGGAGAAACAGAGCCUGGGUCGCUCGCAGAGCUUCUCCCACCAGCAGCCAUCCAGAUCACACCACGUCAGGUCAGGCAGUGUAAUGGACCAGCGUAUUAUCACGCCUCCUAUGGGAUCUCCACUGGGCCGAACCCUCUACCCUCCCCCUGACCACGCCCUCUUUUCACUGGACAAAAUAGCCAAGAGAGAGUGCAAGGUGUUGGUGCUGGAACCAGUCCAAGAGGCACACUGCAGAUGACGUGGAGAGGAGGAGGGUCUCAGUCGAGGGUCUGUCGAGCCGCCAGAGUCUCAAAGGAACGAGGAGCAAGAGAAUCACAUGGUGAGGAGAGAGGCGGGUGGUGGAGGGAUGCUGCAGGACACAUGAUGAAGGAGAAGAACGUCUUCAUUUCACUGGUUUAUCAUUUCACUGGAUUUUUCUUUUGUACUUUUAAGAAAAAAGUCUUUAAGCUUACAUUUCAUUUUAUUCCAUGGGUUAUUUUUAUUUUUCUAUAAAGUCUGGGUGAUUUUGUUGAUAUACAUUCCAGAGUUUUAGGGUUUUAUUUGCAUCAUUGUUUAUUAUUAUUAUCAUUAUUAUUAUUAUUAUUAUUGUUGUUGAUAUACACCUUCAAGUCUGCUCUCACAAAUGUCUGUAGAAAUCACUGGCAGCUCCCGAGUCACAUCUUUGGUCAAUCUCAGCUCAUGUGAGAACACAGCAGGAAAAAAGCUCCAGAUUAUUCACACUCAGUAUGUUUCCAUGCACGGUUAAGUAGAGCCAUGGUUGUAGCUCAACUAUGCUGUUUAAUUGGAUUACUGCCCUUGUCCCAGUGUACGCACUAGUGGGGAAUUGAUUGACGUGUCUGCCUUCACCAGGUACUGUAUACUGGAAAUAGAGGAACAGGGAACUGUUGAACAAAUCUAAUGCUGAGUACCAUUUACAUCGAAAACCACACAUGAUUUUAACACAUUUCACCCAAUAAUAGUUAUUAACAAUGCAAGUAACAUGUCUGCAGUUUAUAAUGAAAUAGUACUGUGUGUACAACCAAUUUAAUGUGAAAUAUGACAGAAGUGCUAUCAGCAGUAAAACAUCAGCAGUGUUUAUGAAAUUUCAUGUCAGGGGUUGAUGAGUUUGUUUCAAGUUUCAAGUCGGAAAUCCUGAGUUCUGACUACAAAUGGAAUGCACCUUUAAGUCCAACUCAUUUAGGGUGCUUUCCUCCCUGGACUUUGUUGUGAUUCAGAGAGUAAUUGUGUUACAUUGUUGCACUUAACCUUAGUCUGAUUGGUUUUCACACUGCAUUCUAGACUCACUACUCACUACACGCUUAUAAA